AUGUGGCUGAAAGAUGGGAAAAGUCAUUUGUACAAAAAGUACUAUGAUGAAUGUGCAAAGCUGGGUACCAAACCGAUAUCAGAAACAAAAUUCCGCGAUGGUAUAAAUGCUGGUAACUUUAAAGAAAUGGCAGAGAGGGCUGGUUUGUGUAAUAUUUGUGAUGAAGUAGGUACACAGAACUGGAAAAAAUGCGCAGAAUUGAUUGAGAUGCUAAGCAAGGAGAUUGCAGGUCUUCCUACUGAGGAUGACAUACCGGCCGAAAAUGAAGAGUUUGAUGAGGAUAGCACAACCAGCAGAGUAACUAUGGUAGAUCUAAACGAUGAAGACACUGAAAACAGAUCGUUGAAUCCUCUUUCAGUUGAUUCUCCUGUACUUAUGAUCGAAGUGGGCGUUCCCGUGCCAGAUUUCAGCGACUUUUUAAAACGAACUACUAUCUUGAAAGGUCACCUACUGUCUAAUUUUUCUUCGAAAAUCAAUACCAAUAACACUUGCGCAUUCCACUGCAUGGCAUGGUUAUUGAACGACAAAGCUAAUUGCUGUAAAAAUCACACACAAGUAUGCGACGAAUGUGCUCAACGAUUCACUCUCUUUGACGAUCUACAAGCGACUAUUUUUGACAGCACCUUAAGCAUGUCUCGCAAAUACUACUACCAAGAACAAGUGCGUAAAGUGCAAGAAAAUCUUGAUGUAUACAUUGCUCAACUCGUUCGUGGCAAAUAUCAGAGAAUGAAAUUUAUGGAGGAAGUGGUUGGAUUAAGACCCGGUAAAGCAGUGGUUGUAUGCGACUAUAUGAUGAAGCUCUUGCUCCAUAAAUUUAGAGAACCACAACGAGAUUGGUUGGGAAAGAAGGGGGUGUCAGGUCAUGGCAGUAUGUUUUUCUUUAAAUCGGAAGAAUCGGAAGAAAUCCAAGUAGAAAUACACGACGUCUUUUCAAAUGGUGAUUGUACUCAAAAUUGGUACUUUACGGUGAGUGCAUUCGAAGCAACAUUUAACAACUUUAAAUCCCGACACGAAGAUGUAAAAUCGAUAGUCAUAUUGUCAGAUAAUGGACCGCAUUACCAUAACACUUCCGUAAUAUUAUGGCUUACUCGGUUACAUGAAACAUGCUCUAUACACAUUGAAAGGUAUUCGUUAUUCGAGGCCCAGAAGGGGAAGACAUCAUUGGAUUCGCACUUUGCCACUUUCAAGUUUGCUACAAAAGGAUGGAUGAAAAGAGGGAAUGACCUACUUACGAGCGAAGACAUAGUGGAUGGGACAAAAGAACAUUUAAGAGGAACACACGUGUACGAAAUUAUGAUCGACCGAACGAAGGAACCUUGCAGCGCAAAAUCUCUCGAUAAAAUAACAUCUUAUGCAGAUUUCACUUUCAAGAAUGACCAUACAAUUGACGCAAGGGAGCUGACCAACGUUGGUGCAACUUUGCAUUUGAAAAAGAACAAGAUUAAAAAAUUGUGGCCUUGUUACAUAUCAACUCUUUGCCUUUCUACUGGAGUGACCUCGGAAUUUGAUCAAAGUAGUGCUGAGAAUGUCGAGCCAAAGUUUAAAAAACAAAAAAAGGGAGCCCAAACAAAACAGCUGAAGGUACGCAACAUAAAUACAGAUCCAAACGCAAGCAAAAUCAACAACAAUAAAUGUCCUAGUUUCAAUAAAGUAUUCCUUCGUAAGAAACCAUUGCAGAAGUAUCUAAACAGUAGAAAGUGUUUAGAAAGAAAGAAAGCGUCAAAGACGUUGGAAGAGAUAAAAGCAUCAAUUCCAGUAGUGCAAGCAUUAGAGCUUGCUAAUGAUGUUCGUGACGUUAGGUUUAAUAGUUCAGAGCAACUUGAAGGAAGCAAUCAAGAAUAA